UAUGUGUCGAAGUCAUCAGUCACCGUCAAUUUCGAUCGCCAUUUUGUUUACUUGCCCUUAUCGAAUUUCUUCAGGAUUUUUAUCGUUUUAGUACAAAAAAACAGUUCGGAGUUCGUGUUUUUACUUCGGAAAAUAUUGUACUUUUCACGGCCUUCGAGAUGAUGACCUCUUUCCAACAGCAGCGCCUGUUAAUGGGCCAAAUGCGACCUCCUAAUCCUCCUGCACGGCCUGGAGUGCCUCCCAUUCCAGCAAGCUCAGUCUUACCCCCUCCAAUGAUCCCCACCACCCAACCUCCCACCACAAUUGGUAUGCCCCCCAUGCCUCCAAUGCCCCCAGGGAUGAUGCCACCGCCCCUCCUAGGGAUGCCUCCAGUAGUUCCACCUCCCCCAGUACCAAACAUACCACCCCCAGUGGUGGUGUCUGCUCCCCCACCUCCAUUACCCCAAACCCCAGCUCCUUCACAAGUAAUGGAAGUCCCAAAACAAGAGGAGGAGGAGGAGCAUUUGGAACAAUCUGCUAGUGAGAUGGAGUGUGAACCACCAGCUCCUGGUACUGAAGAGCCUAAGGAGGAGCCUGUCGUUAUGAUGGAUCCACAAAAAAGAGAGAAAAACGGCGUUCGUGGUGUAUCUCGCCUCAUGGAGACUCUGGCAUAGCUGAUGUGUAUAGACUCGAUCGAUCGCUAGCACUGUAGCUCUUCGCUACACGAUAUGACAAAUAGGUGUUGAGAGUAAAACUCGCUACAGGGCGCUACUUGACCCCACAGCGCUCGUGUGGACAAAACCGUGUGUGUGCCAGAGCUUCGAAAAUGUAUCCGGGAACAGUACAAUUUCGCAUAUGAUUUGGUGCAGACUGGAGAGGUUAUUACAGGUCCUGGCGCAAGGAGUACAACCGUAGCAGGCAUCUUGGGUCCCCUGCCAAGGCUAUCUACAGACGAUUCAGAAGCAGUUAGCAAGGCUAAGAAGUACGCGAUGGAACAGAGCAUAAGGAUGGUGCUCAUGAAACAAACGAUAGCAUAUCAGCAACAGCGUGAGGCUAGUCAGAGGACUCUGAUCCAGAGGCAGCAGGCUCUCGCCCUUAUGAGCAGGGUGUACGUGGGUAGCAUCAGCUUUGAAUUGAAAGAAGAUACAAUCCGACAGUCGUUCUUGCCUUUUGGACCCAUCAAGUCCAUCAAUAUGUCAUGGGACCCUGUCACGCAGAAACAUAAAGGUUUCGCCUUUGUGGAGUACGAGAUACCUGAGGCUGCACAGUUGGCUUUGGAACAGAUGAAUGGCGUCAUGUUGGGUGGGAGGAACAUCAAGGUCGUCGGAAGACCUAGCAACAUGCCUCAGGCUCAAACGGUAAUUGACGAGAUCCAGGAGGAGGCAAAACAAUACAACAGGAUAUACGUGGCAUCAAUUCAUCCUGAUUUGAAUGAGGAUGACAUCAAAAGUGUAUUUGAAGCGUUUGGUCCCAUACUUUACUGCAAGUUGGCACAGGGUAGUACCGGAAGUCGUCAUAAAGGGUAUGGCUUUAUCGAAUAUGAAACACCGAUGGCUGCGAACGAAGCGAUAGCAAGCAUGAACUUGUUCGAUUUGGGCGGACAGUACCUUAGGGUGGGCAGGGCUAUCACGCCUCCGAAUGCUCUGUUGGGGCCUUCUAGUGGCGCUAGUGUCAUGCCUACUGCAGCUGCUGUUGCUGCUGCAGCCGCUACCGCGAAAAUUCAAGCAAUGGACGCCGUUGCAAGUAACGCAGCAGCCUUGGGGUUAUCGGCAUUAACGAAAACUGUAACACUGCCUACUGUUGCGCAGCCUGCUGCUGCUAUAGCACCCGGCUUGGUAGCUCCAGUAGCUGCUAAAUUAGGUGUGCCAGUAGUGGGUGCCCCAACAGUAGCUGGUGUGAUUCCUCCGCCAGGAAUAGCUAUUCCUCAAAUAACACCAAAUAAUACGAUACAACCCGCCAUUAUCCAACCAACGGUAGCUGCAGCUCCAGUUAUUAUUCCACCACCCACGGUUGUUACACCGACGAUAUCCACACCAGUCUCCAACGAAGCCAUGCUUAGGGCCAAAGAAGCAAAACUGAAGCAACAAGAGGAACUACAGAAGAAACUAUUAGACCAAAGCGAACCACAAACGUUACAGCAACAGGAAAAUAUGUCAAUAAAAGGACAGAAUGCAAGGCAUUUUGUAAUGCAGAAACUGAUGAGAAAAGUAGAAUCUAGAGUUAUUAUUUUGAGGAAUAUGGUGGGGCCAGAAGAUGUAGACGAAAUGUUACAAGAAGAGAUCCAGGAAGAAUGCAGCAAGUUUGGAGCUGUUGAACGGGUGAUAAUAUACAAUGAAAAACAGUCCGAAGAGGAUGACGAUUCAGAAAUUAUCGUGAAGAUCUUCGUGGAAUUUAGUGAAACGUUCGAAGCUGAAAAAGCAAAGGAUGCUCUGAAUGGCAGAUAUUUCGGUGGCAGAAUGGUGCGCGCUGCGUUAUACGAGCAGACGUUAUUUGAUCACAGUGAUUUUUCAGGUUAAAUGUUAGUAUAAUAUCUCUUAUAAGUGUAACGAAAUCAUUCUUUUGUAUGAAGUUCUGUACUAUUUGCGAGUGAGCUUCUUAUGUAGCUGCUAAAAAGUUUCGUAAGUUUUACAGUUUUUUCUAGUUUGAUAUUCUAACCUUUUGUAUAUUUCAGUCACUAGGUUAGAUCAAGGUUAUCUUUGAUUUUGAACUUAGAAAAAUAGAUACUGCUACUUGUUUUGUUAUUAUUAUUAUUUAUUGGCAGUCAAGUUGAAAUUCCAAGGUUUUUUUUUGGAAAAAAGUGUUAAGAAUUACAUUACUAAAACAACAGAUUUAUCGAUAGCUGUCAUUCAUUAUCAAAUAAACAGAUAUAACAGUCGUUAUAAUAACUGUUUUUAUGUAUUUUGCAAGUAAGCGACUAUUUUUAUCUCAGACUCUUAGAAAAUACACUUGAAAGUUCAAACUACGAUCCUGCAUAGGCAGGAAGUUGAACCGGUUUCUACAUAUAAAAAUAUUUUUGGAAAAUUCCGUCACAGAAUCAAGUAAAUUUUUCUAGAAGUCCACGUCCUUGUCAUUGAAUAUAGUAUCAAGUCACCUAAUACAGAUGCAUUCCAACUUUUGCACUAUACUUUUCUGUUUAUGUCCGGAAAGUAAAAAACCUUUUGAACCGUCUAUAUCAGAUUUUGCUACCUUUUCCUUUUUUAAAUUGUAGAUUUCUAGAAUAUACACUUGCUCAGUGAUAAAAUAUUGGCUUUUAACAUAUUUUAUAAACGGGUUUUAGUUGGAUUGCAUCUUUAAAUUUAGAUGGGCAAUAUACUGUUUGCUCUGGUGGGUAUCAUAACUUUGUUUUCUGUUCUCUAAACUUGUGUUAAAAAUAUUUUUGCAAAUAUGUAGACCUGUCAACUGGUUUGUAUAAUAGCUACCGAAAUGCUGUGAUGAAGUCUUUAGGUAAAACAAUAUUUAUAUAAUAAUCAACUGUAGUUUGUUGAACUCUUGAUCAAUUAAGAGGAAAUACAUUUUGAAGAGAAAUUUCGAACAUGAUUCUGUUCCUCUGUUGCAACUAUCAUUAAAUUUUAUAUUGUAUAUGGUAACUCUUUUGUAAAUA